CUAAAUCAUUGAAAAAAUGGAGGAAAUUUAUCUGGAGUUAUUUUCUACCGAGGAAAAUGAAUUCCUGGCACCCAUAGAGACACUCGUGGUGCUCUUUACGAUGAAAUACUGCGACUCUAGACUGAAAAUCACUUUCAUUCUCACGAAACAGUCCCAUGGCGUGAACUCUUACCCAAUCAACCUCGAAAAUUUCUCCCACCAAAUACUGAGUGAUGAAAUCCCAGAGAAUGCAGACACCUGUCAACUGCCAAAUCUAAAACUGAAUAGCAUGAGUCUAGUGGCAGGUCUGUGCGCCUGUUUGCGACAGAUUAUUAAGCUCUCCAUUGCAGAAUGUCCUGAUCAUUUCUGCAGAAAUCUCCUAGGGUUCAAGACUUCUAGCCUGCUAGCACCAUCCGAGUCGAGUCCCUGGACGAGAUUUUGUGAGGUGGAAUUAAUCUCCACCCUGAGAACUCAUGUGACCUCACCAGAAAUACCGGAGACUAUUGCGAGAUUUGAAGUUCACAUGUCUCAACCGCUUCGACUCCACAAUAUUUAUAAAUACACGAUGUCGAAGAAAUUCUCACGUGAUGGAACAGUGACCCAGGAUCGUAUUGUUCCAGAGCAUUUGUACGCUGAGGGAUCAUUCAUGACUCUAGCAGACACUAUAAUAUUCCUGUGCAUUAAUGUUUACCUCAGAUUUUUCACAAAUCCUCGAGUACUCGAUCUCAUUCCAUUGACUGCCAAAUGGUACAACAAGUUGAUGACUGAUAAGCAUUUGAGUAGAUGUUUGAGCUUUAUUACACUUCAAUCAACAUCUCCAUUAAAUAUUGACUAUUUUUUACCAGAUGUACCUAAUCAGAGUUUGUACAAGAGCGAUGCGAAACGAUACAGACCUAAGAAUAAAAUCUAUACGAAACAGGAGGACGUGGAGAACUCCUUGGAGAUAAUAAAAAAUACUGGAAUCGAUUUGGGAAUGAGCAAAAGGCCUCUUGGAAACACAGAAUACGGUAUGACACACGACGUAGAAGUAUUAAGUGACGAAUACAACGAACUCGAAUCGAAAUGA